AUGUCCCGCUCUUUCUAUGUCGACUCCUUAAUCAUCAAGGACUCGUCGAGGGCGGCUCCGUCGCUGCCCGAGCACCACCACCACCACCACCACCACAGCCAGGACUUCUUCCUCCCGCUCGGCAUGCCGGCUCCCCUCGUCAUGUCCGUGUCGGGCCCGGGCUGCGCGGCCCGCAAGAGCGGCGCUUUCUGCGUGUGCCCGCUCUGUGUCACCUCGCACCUGCACAGCUCCCGCGGCGGCGGCGGAGGGUCCGAUUCCAGCCAAAUUCAGAACGGGAAGAGGAUGAGGACGGCUUUCACCAGCACCCAGCUCUUGGAGCUGGAGCGAGAGUUCUCCUCCAACAUGUACCUGUCGCGUCUGCGCAGGAUCGAGAUAGCCACCUACCUGAACCUGUCCGAGAAGCAGGUGAAGAUCUGGUUCCAGAACCGGAGGGUGAAGCACAAGAAGGAAGGCAAGGGCACCCAGCGCAACCCGCACGGCGGCUGCAAGUGCAGCACGAGCCAGGGGCACUUCCCCAGGUCAGAGGACGAGGAGUCUCUGUCCCCUGCGUCGGCGACCGAGGAGAAGGAGAUUUCGCUACUAUAG